GCCAGGCUAUGGACGCGUCAAAUACCAGUACCACCAGGGAGUAUACCAGUAGCAGGACUACCAGGAGUAUCUGUCCAAGAAUGGGAUUUCGGUACUCUCCAAUUCAAUACUAAUAACCUUACGAGUUGCAUAGGUCCGAACAUUCCUGCCUACCAAGUCAAUAUCCCGGUAUCAGAUAUUUUCUGGGACCCACCAAUUGUUGCAGGAACUCCGAGUGUUAUUGGCUAUACUGUAGUAGUCCCUCCCGCAAUCACCGCAACUAAUGUCGUUAUUGAUUUAUAUGAGCUUCAACAAGAAGCUUUAGCAUGA